AUGUCUGUAAAUAAUAUACAAGAUACUAGUCACAGGUUUUCUGAUGGAGCUGGAGAAUCAUGUAUUAUGUUAGCACCAAUUGACGGUCUUAACAACAAACCAUUAGUAACACUUGAAGAAGCUACUGAACCAUUAUAUAACAUUGUUCCUCGUAUUGAUAACUACGUAUAUAUAGCCAAACAAUGUGCUAAAAAUCCAGUAGAUGAUCUUUCAGUUGAUGAAUCAGCUUCAAUUGCAUUAUAUACAAUGGAAUGGGAACCAUAUACAGAAUCACUUUAUUAUAUUCUUAAUAAAACAUUACGUAAUGAAGAUCGAACAAAUUUGAAACCAUGGUUUCUUUAUCUUAAGCUUAUCAUUACGGCUUUAUCUCGUCUUCCAUCAGUAAAUGUAACUGUUUAUCGUGAAGUUAAAGAUAUAAUUGAAAGUGAACAUGAAAAAUAUAAAGUAGGAAAAAGACUUGCUUGGUGGGGUUUUUCAUCAUGUUUACCAGUUCGACAUGUUUCCGAAGAUGAUCAAUUUGUUGGAGAAACUAGUAUAAAAACAUUAUUUAUUAUUGAUUCUAUUAGAGGAAAAGAUAUUCGAAACCAUUCAUAUUUUAGAAAAGAAAAUGAAAUAUUACUUUUACCUGGCACCCAUUUUGAAGUUAUUAAUUCUAAACAAGAAGAAAAUAAUUUACAUGUUAUUUAUCUUGAAGAAAUCGAAUCAUCACCUUUUCUAUUGCGAUCUACAUCUUCAGAAAAAGAGACUUCAGAUACAAAAAAAAUAUCAAUGCGGAAAACUAAGAUACGAACACCAAUAUUUUCCACGAUAAUUACACAUUACCGGAUGGCACAGCUUAAUGAAUGUAUUCGACAAUGCAAACCUCAAUCUGAAGCACAUUUAAGUGGAAAACGCCUCUCUAAAUCUGAUGUUGAAGUUGUAAUUCAACAAUUAAUGAUCGAUAAACAAUGUCGAGUUUUAUUUGUAAGAGAAUGUCAUAUAACAGCUGAAGCAACAUUGAUCCUUUCUGAAGCUCUACGUGAUAAUAGUACAUUAGGAGGAUUAUUUCUUUCUCAUAAUCAACUUGGUGAUGAUGGCACCAACUUCCUCGCUAGAGCACUUUUAGAUGAUAAUAAUUCAACUCUGAAAGAACUUUCUCUUUGUCAUAAUGGUAUCACAGAUCAAGGUAUUGAACAUUUAGUAAGAAUGUUGGAAUCUAAUGAAACAUUAACUAGUUUAUGGUUAGGAUCAAAUAAAAUAACUGAUCAAGGUUUAGAACUAUUAUGUCAAGUGCUUAUGCAAAAGAACAAAACUUUACAAGUACUUUCACUUGAAUGGAAUAAAUUUCGUAAUGAUGCAAGUGUUACCAUUCUUGUUGAUAUGCUGAAAAAAAAUCAAUCAUUAACAACGUUGAAUUUAGAAAACUGUAAACUACCUAGAUCUGGUGUUGAAGAUUUAAAACUUGUAACAAAAACAAAGACAAAUUUCGAAUUAUUUAUAAACUAA